CUACAGACUCUCCAUCCUCGGUCUUUGCAAGGCGACGGCUGUGCCAGCCGGCUCGGCAGGCUCCUGGCAGCAUGGCAGUGCCGCUCCGGGCCCUCCUGCUGGUCCUCGCGCUGGGCCUGGCCCAGCCGGCCUCUGCCCCCCGGAAGCUGCUGGUGUUCCUGCUGGAUGGUUUCCGCUCCGACUACAUCAGCGACGAGGCCCUGGAGUCCCUGCCUGGUUUGAAAGAGAUUGUGAGCCGGGGGGUGAAAGCGGACUACUUGACCCCGGACUUCCCCACGCUCUCUUAUCCCAACUACUACACCCUGAUGACCGGCAGACAUUCUGAGGUCCACCAGAUGACCGGGAACUACAUGUGGGACUCCAACAGCAAUAAGUCAUUUGACAUCGGUGUCAACAAAGACAGCCUGAUGCCGCUCUGGUGGAAUGGAUCAGAACCUCUGUGGGUCACCCUGACCAAAGCCAAAAGGAAGGUCCACAUGUACUACUGGCCAGGCUGUGAGGUGGAGAUUCUUGGUGUCAGACCCACCUACUGCCUGGAAUAUAAAACUUCCCCGACGGAUAUCAAUUUUGCCAACGCAGUCAGCGAUGCUCUCGACUCCUUCAAGAAUGGCCGCGCCGACCUGGCCGCCAUAUACCACGAGCGCAUCGACGUGGAGGGCCACCACUACGGCCCCUCGUCGCCGCAGAGGAAGGACGCCCUGAAGGCCGUGGACACCGUCUUCAAGUACAUGGCCCAGUGGAUCCAGAUCUUCUGGAAGGACAAAGUGAUUGAGCUGAAGCAGCACAUCAGCCUGGGGGACCUGCAGCAAGUGAAGGACCGCGGGCCCCUUGUGAGCCUCUGGCCAGCUCCCGGGAAACACGCUGAGAUAUACAACAAGCUGCGGACAGUGGAGCACAUGACUGUCUACGAGAAGGAAGCCAUACCCAGCAGGUUCUACUACAAGAAAGGGAAGUUUGUCUCUCCACUGACCUUACUGGCGGAUGAAGGAUGGUUCAUAACUGAGAGUCGAGAGCUGCUUCCGUUCUGGAUGAACAGCACCGGCAAGAGGGCAGGCUGGCAGCGCGGAUGGCACGGAUACGACAACGAGCUCAUGGACAUGAGGGGCAUCUUCCUGGCCUUCGGACCCGAUUUCAAAUCCAACUUCAGGGCCGCCCCGAUCCGCUCCGUGGAUGUCUACAACGUCAUGUGCCAUGCGGCCGGCAUCGCCCCGCUGCCCAAUAACGGGUCCUGGUCCCGGGUGAUGUGCAUGCUGAAGAGCCCGGCCAGCGCGGCCCCGCGGCACCUGCCCGGGGGUUUGGCCCUGGCCUUGACUCUGCUCUUGCUCCUUCAGUAGCUGCUCCUUUGUGUCCCAAACACUCAGACAAGGGGGCCUUCACGGGGGGGAGGUUUUAUGUCCUAGUUGAAUAAUAGCUUCUUUAACACAAUCAGGGCCACACACAUUGAAAAUAUUUUAUUCUUGGAUGAUUCUAUACAUAAAAAUCCCUACUUCUUAAAAACAAAUAUCUGAACUUUAUUUUUUUUCGGAAGAUAAGGAAAAUCUUGCUCUUAACUUGUUCGACUGUAUGUCAGUGUGUCCUUUCUCUUUCAUUUGGAAAUGCAGAUGAACUGUCUGAGCAAGGGCCUGUCCCUAGCAAACAGCCUUUGAGAGAAUAUUGUGUGAGAGUCCUGGACCCCACUCUGUCCCGCUCUGCUCAGAGCAGCCCCUCGCCUGUGCCCCGUGCACACCCAGGAGCCCGCCUGGGGCUCUAUGGCCACAAGUCCUGGACUGUGCCUUCCUUCCCAGAGAAAGGAGGCUCCCCAUGACAGCUGUGGCUGCCAUCUGCUCCUGCCCCAGCUCAUGGAGUUUUUCCAUCUUCUACAAAAACCCCAAAAGGGUGUUAUCUUAGCUUGGGCCACCCAUCAAUCAAAAUCACGAAGGAUUGGAGAACUCAGAGUAAGGCGGCAGGCAUGACUUCCCUCCCAAAGUCGGGAUGCACAAAAAUGUCCCCCUCGCCUUGAGGAGCAGAAGGGCUUAGCGUAGAUCGGGGCUUCUGUGUGACUUCUCACGGGGUAUGACGGCCCGAGGCCCCGCCCGUAGCAGCCCCUGGGUGCUGUGGGGGGAUGGAUGGAUGUCCCGCCGCCUGCCAGGGUGAAGGCCUUCUCAGACUACACUCUUUGGAUCACCACACACAGCGUAGACUAUAGCAACACCCGACACACAUUACAGCUGGGAAAGAUAUCUGGCUGAUGAGCGAGGGGACACAUUUGCAGAAAUCUCAGUUCAUUGCUUGGAAUGGCGAUGCAUUAAGUGUAAGAUUUAUGCGUCGGUGUGCUGGAGCUUUGCUUGUUAAACAACAGCAAAGUGGAUCCCUGAGUGACCCAGAAUUCCAAGGGAAAUCAGGGCGGGGUGCGGGGAGAGAACCUGAUGGAAUCAAAUCCCCGUCACUCACCAAAAGGCCAUUGGUUAGGAAAGUGGUGCAACCGCCACCUGCGAGACCUGAGGUCUUAGAGCCCCCGAGACGAGCCGUUGAACCUGGUUGAAAUGUUUUCAGUUAAUCAUCAAGCCGGGUGCAGGGGAUCUUGCACAAACAAGGGACAACUGCAUCUUUAAGUGAUCGGAGUCAUAGACACACGUCGUGGCAUUAAAAAUGACUUUGCAUUAAGCGAGGUGGAUCUGCCGGUGCGACUUUCGUGUCAGGAAUACAACCUCGGGUCUCCUCAGGACGAUGAAGCCCUUCCAGGCUGUUGAUCUCAAUGCUCACCCUGACUCCAGCAGGUGAAGCCAGCCGCCUCUGUGCCUUGAGUCAUGGGAGCAGAGGGUCCCUGCUUCAAAACAUCCACUUCCUCUCCACACAAGCUUUCUAAGGGCUUACGUCACGUGUUUUUAGAACGCAGCGUCGGAUCCAAGGGAACGCAGGCAAACCAGCCUUUGGCUGAAAGCAAAUCAGUGCUCUCAACACUGGCAGGGGUUGUGAAGUGCGUGCCUCUUGUUCCAGGUUUUCUCUCUCCUUAAAGGACGGAGCUCUGAUGAAGAACGCCCGGCCCACCUUCCUGUGAAGCAAGGAUCCUGAAAAGUGGGUCAUCAAAUGAAGAGGGGUCUACACAUGUAUACCGUCUUGCAUUUGUCUUUCAUGAUCUAUUCUACACCCCCACCCCCACCCCCUCCCCCCACACACACACUCAUGCCUAAAACCUUCAAGUUACGUAAUCAGAUUUCAGAUAGUUGUCUGACAAAGUGUAGUUACUCAGUAAAUACUCUCGAAGCAAUGAAUGAGAAUACGGAACUUUUGGAAUCAUGACUAUUGGUAACUAAUUAAGAGAAUUCAGCCCCUCAAUGGAGAAAAAACUUUGUGCCUAAAAGAAUGCAUGCAUUUUAGUGGCU